UUAAUUUUUGGUUUUUGAACCACAAAAUUAAAAUAUGACUUCAGUGCAAGAACGACUAAAAACAAAACAACGAGAAUCAAGAGACACGUGGAGUACAAGAGAGCAACUCUGCCUCGCAUCAAGUGUCUUAAAAUCCGGAGACCAGAAUUGGAUAACUGUCUCCAGAUCUCUUAAACCCUUCGCCGAAAAAGAAGCUCUGCGCCCUCCAGACUGGUUUUCCCACAAAGCUUGCGCAAACCAGUACACGCGUCUUCUAGAAAACGUCGACAUGCCUAAAAGAAAAAAACGCGAGAGCGGAGAGACAAUAGGAGAGUCAAUAGUCAAGCGACUGACCCAAGAAAGAACCGCCGAAUUGGGUCAAAUAUUAGCCUUCCAACGGGACGAGUACCAACAGCUAAAAUCCGAAGUAAAUUUACUAAAGUCUGGAUCUAUCAGCGAUGACAAGCUCCAGAAGAUGUGGCAGGCUAUUGAGCAGGAGGAAAGGGAGCAAGAACAAAAAGCCAAAGCUCACAGUGUGUGGUUAGCCAAGCGUCAGCAAAAACAGGAUCUUACAAGUCAAUCACCUACUCCAUUAACUCCAUUAAAGAAAACUUUGGAUUUAAAUGAUACCCCAGAAGAUUCUAAUGAUGAAGAAGAAAAAAAGCGAGGGUCCUCUACUUUACUAACAAAUCUCCUAAAAGCUCCUAGCCCGACAAAACAAAUUCAAAAUGCGACUUCUACGGCCCAGGUUACCUCUCCAACAAUUGCUAGCCUCUUAAAUUCUAGUGGAAACGUUCACAUGGUGUCUUCAGCGCCCCAGAAUGUCACAGCGCCAAUUCAUCACAUUGUUACGUCUGUAAUUCCUUCUGGAACGCCUGAAAGACCUUCAGCAGGCGCUCCAACGCUCUCUAUGCUAUUGGCGCUGCCUGCUAAUUUGCCGAAAGGGUCGUUGCCUACCUUACCGGCCGCCAAAAACGACCCAGAGACAUCUGUGAGGUCUUCUGGUACUAAAUCUUCGAACCAAGCUCCGACGAUUCAGUUAUCGAGUACUGAAGCUGAGAUUGUUAAUAGUGAUAAUGUGGGAGAGAUUAUUGAGCAGAUUGAUGACGUUAUAGGUAAAGAUAAGCUUCCGGAUGUUAUUGAUAAGGAUGAGAUCAAUGAGAUUAUGGAGGAUAUUGAGGAACUUAUUAAGGAAGAAAUUACUAAGAGCCCUCAGACGGAAAAUACGGCAGUGGUUUCUAGGGGUGAGACAUUUCCUGGGGUGGAGAAAAAUGAAGAAGUAGAGGCUAAGGUUGAGAAAACUAUUUCGUUGACUGAUUCUCCGGAAAGUGAGAUGGCCAUUGAGGAAAUAGAUCACAGCUCGAGCAAUAUUGCGGAGAUUAUUGGGACUGCUAUUGAGAGUAAUAAAGUGGUGGAGGAAAAGGAGGAGAAGGAGAAGGUGGAAGAAGAGGAGGUUGAGGAUAAGAUUGAGGAGGAAGUGAAAAAGAAAGUUGAAGGAGAAGGAGGUAAGGUUGGGGAGGAGGAGGAAAAAAUGGAGGUGGAAGAAGCUGGAGUGGAAGAAGAGAAGGUUGAGAAGGAGGAGAAAGAAGAGGUUGGGAAGUUGGAGGUUAAGGAAGAAGGAGAGGAGGUUAAGGAAGAGGAGAAGGAGGAAAAGAAUAAGGUAGAUGAGGUUGAGGAUAAGAAGGAGGAUAAGGAGGAGGAGGAUAAAAAAGAGAAGGAGGAAGUGGAGGAAAUUUGUGAGAAGAAAGAAGAGGUUGGGAUGGAUGAUAAGGAGGAGGGGAAAGAAGAAAUUAAGGAAGCUGAAAAAGAGUCUAAGGAGUUGAAGGAAGAAAUUGGGGAGGAAGUUAAAGAGGAUGAUAAGGAGGUGAAAGAGGAGAAGAAGGAGCUGGUGAAGGAAGAAAAAGAAUGUUCAAAAGAAGAAAUAGUGGUUGAGGAGGUUAAUAAGGAGGAGAAAGAAGUUGAAGGAGAAAAAAAUGAGGAAGUAGUUAAGGAGGAAAUUAGUGAGGCUGAAAAGGAGGAAGAAAAGGUGGAGGAAAAGGAGGAGAAAGAGGAGAAAAAGGUUGAAGGAGUGGAGGAAGUUAAGGAGGAUGAGAAAGAGGUAGAAAAGGAGGAAGAAAAGGAGGAGGAUGUUAAAAUUGAGAAAAAGGAGGAAGAGAAGGAAGAAAAGGAAAAGGAUGAAAAAGAAGAAGGAGAAAAAAUAGAAGAUUUAGAAGUUGAGGAUAAAGAUGAGGUUAAGGAUGAGAAUGAAGAGGUUAAGGAAGAAGAGGCUGAGGAAAGUGUUGAGGAGGUGAAGGAGGAAAAGGAGGAGCAGGUUAAAGAACAAAAGCAAGAUAAGGAGGAGGUGGUUGAAAAUAAAGAGGAAGAAGAAGAAAAAGAAAAAGUUGAGAAAAUUGAGGAGAAAGUUGAGACUAAAGAGGCGGAAGAGGUUGUUGAGGUUAAAAAAGAAGAGUCUGUCACUUUGCCGGAGAAUACAGAAGUUGAAGAAGAGUCUUCGCUUAUAAAACUCAGCGGUGGUCGUGCUAUGAAGACUUACUCGAAAAAACAGAAUGUUGCGAUUGAUAGAGAUUCUGAGGGGGAUAAUAUUGGGGAAGAAGCUGAUUAUAGGAAUUGGAAGAAAGCUGUUUUGUUGGUGUAUCAGCGGUUCACGCAGCAUAAGUAUGCUUCUUUAUUUUCGAAGCCGAUUACUGAAGAGCAGGCUCCUGGUUAUCAUAGUGUGAUAUUUAGGCCUAUGGAUUUGUUGACUAUUAAGAAGAAUAUUGAGAAUGGAACGAUACGCUCGACGAUGCACUUUCAGAGGGAUGUUAUGCUGAUGUUCCAGAAUGCGUUGAUGUAUAAUAAACAGACGAAUCAUAUUCAUAAGAUGGCUAUGGAAAUGCAAGAAGACUGUCUCCAAGAAUUUCAGAUGCUAGUAGGAGUUACAAAAGACGUAUCUUUUAGAAGAGAAACAAGAACAGCUGGAAGUAGUAACAGUGAAUUCAACGAAAUAAAUAUUUUAAAGAGAAAACGAAGUCAUAUUACUCCCAGUCCACAUGAUUCCGAAAGCCCACGACUGAAGAAACGCCGAAAAUCUGAAAAUGAUUAAUUAAUAAUUACCAAUUAAAAUUAUCAAUACAUUUAUCUAUAAUUUUUUAUUAUGUUUUUUACUAUAAAUAUUAAUUAAUAUUAUAAGUUAAAAGCUUAUUUUCAAUGAAUUUAUUGACUUAGAUGUCCUAAGUUAUAAAAAAAACUUACAAUUAUACCAUUUAAGUUUGCGUACUUUAUAAAUAAAUUAAUAUAAGUACAACUGUAAAAUAUUUGUGAUCAAUAAAUUCUACAAACUAGUGAAGUAAAAAUUGUAUUAAACUAUUUAUAUCUAAUCUAAAAAAUUGUAUAAUUAUAUUAGAUGUUAAAUAUUUCAAUUGUCACUCAGCGAUAAUUACACUGUAAAUUAAUUACACAUUUUUUGUACUUAGAAGUUGACACUCAUCAGUCGUCGUUCAAUUACCGACUCAAUUUACAUUACAUUGUACAAUAUUUUGCCAGUAAUGUUAAAAAAUUCAACGUAUGCAACAAUUAUAAUUAAUUAUACCUUUAAUGAAACUUGAUGAGCUAUUAAAGUGAAUUUUUUUCAGCUGCUGACACUAAUAAGCUUCAGUUUUCCGGAGGACUUACUACGUAUUAAAAAAAAAAAAAAAAAAAUGGAUUUGAUAAAAAGAGUUCCAUUCGAAGAAGAACUGAAAAAAAAUC